CUCCUUGUCUAUCACUAUCGAUGACAGAGGUACGCAUACCCAAACACAUAAUGCGUUAUGAGGAUGCCGCCCUGGGUUGCAAAUACGAUUUGGAUGGUGAAUCUCUGUAUUCGGUGAAAUGGUACAAGGACGGCUUUGAAUUUUAUCGUUAUGUGCCAAGAGAUAUGCCGCCAGGACAGGUGUUUCCGUUGCCGGGUGUUGAUGUCGAUUUACAAAAUUCCACAGACAAUGUGGUGGUAUUGCGUCGUGUCACGUUACAGUCAACAGGUCGUUACCGCUGUGAAGUAUCCGGUGAAGCGCCAUCAUUUCAAACUGUUUCCGGCCAUGAGGAUAUGAUUGUAGUUG